AUGGAUCAGUCUACUUCUUUAUGCGAUUUGGUAGUUAAAAUUAACGAUUAUAUUAAGGGGAAGGAGCAUUUUGAAAAGUUUAAAAUUGAGCGUAAUGCUUUACCAAAUGUCGGGUUACUAAUAUUAUGUAGCAGAUUUUUUAGACAGGCGGACAGUAUUAUUAAACAAUAUUUAACCUCUAUUAUAUUAGGAAAGCAGCAGUUACAGAUGAACCAAUUAGUAUGCUAUGAUAUCAAUCAUAUAAUGGACUGGCAACAACUAUUAGAAAUAGAUGUUGAUAGGAAGGAGGUUAAUAUUGGACUGCGGGAACAAGAACAAGAUAUUCAACAAGUUCUUUUUAAAUCGUUGAUUAAGGAUGUUCAAGAAAUUGUUUUGAAAGUAUGGCAUAUUCGGGCUACAGGAACAUCAGAAGAUCUUCCUAUACCUAAUAAUACAUUUAAACAUUUAUUUUCCAUUCGAUCUAUGAUAUGCAAUCCUUAUUUAACAACGACAAAGUCAAACAAGAUUAUAUAUGCAGAAUUGUUUGGAUUAUCGAAAAAGGUUAUCGAUUUAGCUAUUAAAGCUGAUAUGUAUCAGGAGCUGUCUGAUAUGUUCAAAACUUUUCUUUAUGACAUACAGAACAAAAUUGACAAAAAUCAAACUGGAGAUUAUAUUACUAAUGUCAACAAUCCAAAUAUAACCAAACAUAAAGGCCAUCUACCAAAAAGGUUGAAGUCUAAUGUUGAACAAUCAUCAUCUAAAGGUAAACAGGUAUUAAGAAACAGCACACAUAUCAAUGUAAUAGAUAACAAUGAAAUAAAUGCAGAAGGUGAGGGUAGUGGCGAUAUGAUCAAUACAAAAGGGUGUAAGUGCAGAAAAUGUAAAAAAUAUGAACAUUUUGCUAAAACUUGCGAAGCUGAGGUGUUGUAA